UAAUAACUCGAGGAGUGAGAUUCAAUAAUCUUAUCCCAUAUUUACUUAGUUUGCCAUUCUGAAGUGCUAUAUAUGCACCACAAGUUAUUCAUCUCCACCAUCAAAUCAAAAUCCCAUUUUAUUACAACAAUGUCAGACGUUCCAACGGAUGUACUCGUUAACAUUCUCUCGCGCUUGCCUGUGAAGUCUCUUCUCCGGUUUAGAACCGUCUCCAAACCCUUGUGUGCCCUAAUUGACAGCCCUUACUUUGUCAAUCUUCAUAGGCAACGACAAUCCAUGAAAACCGACAAAGUUCUUGUUUUUUCUAGAGGUGUCGGUUCCUCAACUUCCGCCAUUUCUUUCUGUUUCGAUUCACUUCCAACUACUGUUCGGUUGGAACCUCCUAUUGAUAGGACUCUUUUCCCGUACAUUAUCGGCUCUUGCCAUGGGUUUAUAUGCUUUUGUAGUUGGCCAAUGGGUCGGGUAAUUCUAUUGUGGAACCCGUCAACCCGAAAGUAUAGAGAGGUACCCGCAUCACUAGACUACCCACCGAUUAACAAUGUUCUAAAGGCGGUUGACCAAGUAGGUUAUGAUCACGUAAACAAUGACUAUAAGGUGGUGAGAUUGACACAGUCUGGCGACAGUGUGCGGUUAGAUUCGAAAGUUUUUGUUUACAGUCUGAAUUUUGAACGGUGGCUACCUGUGGAACAGACAUUUCCUUACGAUUUUCUCCUUGUGAGUUGUAGGGGUCAAGGUGCUUGUGUUAGUGGUGCAGUCCACUGGCUGUUAAAUCAAAAACCCGAUUCGGAUAACGAUUACUUGAUGGUUAGUUUUGACCUUGCUAGUCAAAGCUUUCAAUCGGUGCCACUACCCGAGUUUUUUAAUAAUUACGAGAAUAUAGAUAUAGGAGUAUUUGAAGGAUGUCUUUGUGUGGUUGGUAGUGGUGGGUAUUGUGUGGAUGUUUGGGUAAUGGGAGAAUAUGAAGUGAAGGAAUCAUGGAGCAAGUUGCUUGCAUUGACAUCAAGAAAUCUAAAAAACGGAUGUUCCGUGCUCAGUCUCCUCUGUCCACGUUUGUUUACCAGGAUAGCCUUGCUUAGCUUAGAAAUGAACAAAUAGUUUACAUGAAAGAUGCUGUGCUCUAAGUUUUUCUUUUUUGUGCCUUUUUGUCGCCUUUAUUUCCUUUUAUCGUCGCGUGCCUUGUGUGUGUGUGUAUAUGGAUGGUUUUCAUGUGAUAUAUAACUAACUAUAUAGUUAAUCGAAAUCUUAAAAUCUUAGAAUCUUGCUGCAUUUACAUAAAGUGAUGGGAUAUCUUGUUAUUGUUUUCAACUUAUAACGUGAUAGCAAAUUUUAGUCUUACUGUAGCAUGAUUUGCAUG